UUCGUAAUUUGUAACGCAUUUCAGGAGCUGCUAAGAUCUUUUCCACGAUACAAGCAAUUCCCAUCUCUGUAGUGUGUAGAAACUAAAUCUGCCUCUUUUGCUGCCUUCCAGAGCCGUCGUUGCCCUGCGGGGUUUGAGGAUGUGAGGGCCCCCGUCUGUCCCCGUUAGCCACACAAAGGGACAUGGCAGAGGAGGGCACUCCCUUGCCGGUGGAGGGGCUGGACGCCUCGGCAGCCGAUUCUCCAGGGAUCAGCCGGCAGAUAUCGGUCAGCGAGUUCUCUUGCCACUGCUGCUAUGAUAUUCUCAUCAACCCCACCACCUUGAACUGUGGGCACAGCUUCUGCCGGCACUGCCUGGCACUAUGGUGGAUGUCUUCCAAGAAGAACGAGUGCCCGGAAUGCAGGGAGAAGUGGGAAGGAUUCCCAAAGGUCAACAUCCUCCUCAGGAAUGCCGUUGAAAAGCUGUUCCCGGUCGCCAUCGGGCAGCGCAAGGACGACAUCCUGCGAAACUACGAGGCCACGCAGAGUCUCGCUGCUUUUCAGAAGUACGGGAGUGACCAGCCGGCAGUGGCCCCAAAUGCCAGGAGGAUGAAUCCUGCAGGAGGGGGGUUUUUCUCCGGCGUCCUGACCGCGUUGACUUGCGUGGCGGUGGUGUUGCUGGGCUAUCACUGGAGCAUCCGGGAGUCAGAGGAUGAUCUCCUGGUUCACAAGCCUGUCACCACAUGGACUGCGGAGGAGGUGGUUCUCUGGCUGGGACAGCUAGGCCCGUGGACCUCCCCCUACAAGGAGAGGUUCCUGCGAGAGAGGGUGAACGGAAGGCUGCUUCUGACGCUAACUGACGAAGAAGUCACAAAGGCUCCCUACCAGGUGGAGAACAGUAGCCACAGAAGAGCCAUUAUGACGGAACUCGAGCGGGUGAAGAUGCUAGGAGUUAAGCCACCACAAAACCUUUGGGAAUACAAAGCAGUGCAUCCUGGGAAGUCGCUGUUCCUGCUCUACGCCUUGAAAAGCUCCCCUCGGCUCACGAUGCUGUAUUUGUACCUGUCAGAUUACACCAGUACCUUUCUGCCCUUCAUCCACACCAUCUGCCCGGUGCAGGAAGAAGAGGAGCUCAAGGAGGUUAUGACAAAACUGCUUCGGUCUCUGCAGGACUACGAGGACCCGGCGUGGAAGCAGUGGCGGGAAUUCCUGGUGAAGUUUGCCUUCUUGCCGUAUCAGCUGAUUGCAGAGUUUGCUUGGGACUGGCUAGAGACCCAUUACUGGACCUCCCGCUUCAUCAUCGUGAACGCCAUGCUGCUCUCUGUGCUGGAGCUGUUCUCCGUCUGGAGGCUGUGGUCGAGGCGGGAGCUGAAGAGAAUUCCUUACCGGAUGUGGAGCCAUUUCUGGAAAAUGUCGACCCAGGGAUUUCUGAUGGCCAUUUUCUGGCCAGUUAUUCCCCAGUUUGCCUGCAACUGCCUCUUUUACUGGGCUUUGUACUUCAACCCGAUCAUUAACAUUGAUCUCGUAGUGAAGGAGGUCCGUUGGCUGGAAACCCAAGUCCUGUGAUACGGAUGGUCUUGGACUCAGGAUCGUGGACCCCUCCACCGUCUGGUGGCAGGAAGCUGAAGGACCAGCCCUGUCUUUCUGCACUUCCAAGUUCAAGCUGAUUCUCCCCCCGGGGUAAUUGGACAGCCUAGCUUUGCAACACUUCAUACGCGUGCGCACCCCCCCCCCUUUCUUUUCAGGAGCAAAAUGCAGGGGAGGCGCUUUUUCCUUGGAGCAGAGAAGAUCUAAUCGUAGCAUAAUCAGAAAUCUCGCUUAGAGCUCACUGAAGCCGGGGGUUGAGAACCAUGUUCAGCCUCAGUAAGCCCAACUGUGGGAACUUCUCAAAAUGCCGUGGGGCAUUUUUCUUUGGUCCUAGAGGUGGAAAGAGACCUUCAUCAAAUAGCGCCAGACAAAAGGCGCACAUCGCUCCUGAAAGGGGCUUUCAGUGUGGCUCUGCUCUCCUGCGCUUCCAAGAGCUGAUGGCGUUUCCCGGGCUUAUGUCAGCCGUAACCCCCUUCUUUGAAAAAGGAUGCCUAGCGUGUAAAUACGUGAAUUGUUUUCUGUGCAUUUCUAAAAGUCCCCCAUGUUGCCACGUGUUAAAUCUCUGGUAAAACCAAGAUGAUCUUUCUUUUAAAUGUGAUGUCCCUAUAAAUGAGAUUGGACUCUGCAUUUCUAUUAAUACAAUCUUUACAUGUGCAUAGAACAUUUUUACAAAUUAAAUAAUGUUUUUCUAAAA